AUGAACGAUAAGAAAAUAGUUCUAGUGACUGGUUGUGCCAAGGGAGGAAUCGGCUAUGAAUACUGCAAAGCAUUCGCAGACCAAAACUGCUACGUUUUGGCUACCGACAUCCCCCAACGCAUAAACGACAUCGUCGACCUCCCAAACGACAACGUCGAGGCACUCGCUCUCGACGUCACGUGCGACGAGAGCGUGUCGUCCGCCGUCAAAACCAUCAUAUCCAAGUACGGCCACAUCGACAUUCUCGUCAACAAUGCCGGAAUCGGAUGCACUGGCCCACUGGCCGAGCUUUCUCUGGAGUCAGUACGUAAGGCUUGGGAAGUCAAUGCUCUGGGUCAACUCCGACUAGUCCAGCAAGUGGUGCCGUACAUGGCGGCCCGACCCGGCGGCGGGACCAUCGUCAACGUGGGAAGUGUCGUGGGUCGGGUUCCGACCCCCUGGGCCGGGUCGUACUGCGCAAGCAAAGCAACGGUACACGCUUUUACGGAGACGUUGCGAGUGGAGCUGAGACCGUUUGAUAUUAACGUGGUUUUGGUGGUUCCUGGGGCUGUGAGAUCCAACCUUGGUAACGCGGCUAUGGAGAAAUUGAGGGGCAUUGAAUGGAAGCUUUAUAAGGGGUAUAAGGAAGCCAUUGAAGAGCGAGCUCGAGCUUCUCAGGUUGGUAAAGCUACAGAGGCUAGGAUAUUCGCUAGGCAUGUGGUGAAGAAAGUGUUGAAGCCUAAACCGCCAAAGCAUAUUGUGUUUGGUCACAUGACUUGUUUGUUUGCGUUUUUUUCUUGGUCUCCUCUUUGGGUUCGAGAUUCCUUCUUUGCCAAACGUUUCAAGCUUAACAACAAACUUUAA